CUGCCGUCCUAGUCGUCGCCACUCCCGCUGCCACCUCCACCCCCUCCGCCACCGCCGCCGCCGCCCGAAGAAAACCACCCAGAACUCCGGUCGGCCGGGAAGAUGGAAGAUGGUACCACAAAGCAUGUCAUCCAGAUGACAGGAUUCAAGAUGGAAGAAAAGGAAGCGCUAGUCAAAUUACUUUUAAAGCUAGACUGCACUUUUAUUAAGAGUGAGAAAUAUAAAAAUUGUACACAUCUUAUAGCUGAGCGCCUAUGCAAGAGUGAGAAAUUUUUAGCAGCUUGUGCAGCAGGAAAAUGGGUAUUAACGAAGGACUACAUAAUUCAUAGUGCCAAAAGUGGCAGAUGGCUUGAUGAAACAACUUAUGAAUGGGGAUAUAAAAUUGAGAAAGACUCGCAUUAUUCACCUCAAAUGCAAUCUGCACCUAAAAGAUGGCGUGAAGAGCUGAAACGGACUGGGGCUCCAGGAGCCUUCCACAGAUGGAAAGUUGUCCUCCUCGUGAGGGCAGAUAAGCGAAGUGAGUCUCUUGUAAGAGUUUUGGAGGCUGGAAAGGCAAAUGUCAUCUUACCAAAAAGUUCUCCAAGUGGGAUCACUCAUGUGAUUGCCAGUAAUGCAAGAAUCAGUGCUGAGCGAGAACAGAAGAACUUUAAGGCUCCUUUUUAUCCAAUUCAGUAUUUAGGAGAUUUUCUUUUAGAGAAGGAAAUUCAGAAUGAUGAACAUUCUCAAACCAGUUCUGGUUGGACCAAAUACAGCAAUCAAGAAAAAGGGAAUGAUUUUAAGAAAGACACAGGAUUUCUUGAAAUGAAAGCUUAUGGAGAGAGCAUAUAUAGAACACAGAACAAAAUGGGAAAUCAUGAUGAAAGUGUUAAUGGUAGAUUUGUUCUGAGUGAACAUCACAAAAAAGAAAAAUUCAGAGAAUGCAGAAAAGAUAUGAAAUCUGUUAAAAAGAGAAAUGCAUUCAGAAGACAUACACAUGAGAAUCAGAAAGAAACUAAGAAAAAAGUUAAAAAUAUCCAAAGGAGUUACAUUUUAAGGAAAAUGAGCAAAAAAGAAGGCUUCUGCAAAACUGAUGAUGAACAUGACACGAUAAGAACUUUUCAAAAGCGUGUGCAUUACAGAGAUAAGAAAGAAAUGAAUUCUCUUCAUAAUGAUUAUGCCAAUGAAUCAAAAAUCAAGGAUGUCAAGGCAGAUAUGGAUCUCACAGAAGUAAAAAAUGCCUUAAAAAAGCAGAUAUACAGAGACAUAUAUAGAGCUCAGGCUGUCCGAUACAACUGCAUUAGAACUGAUAAACAGCCUGUAUACAAUGUAGAGGGUAAAAAUGCAGAGCUCCCCAGGGGGAUAUUAAACUUAAUUGAAAGCCUCAUAGAGGGACAGUUCUUUAAAGAAGCCAUCGAAGAGCUCUCCUCCUUGCAAGCCCAGUAUGUGCCCCCUGUGUGCUUUCUCCAUGCCCUUCUAGAGAAUGUUCUGCAGGAUAACAUAGAUACAUUUUCUGGUCGAUACUUUCAUAUAUUAUCAGCUCUUCUUCAUCUGCAUCCUCCUUGGAAAUCACCAGCCAUGUUAAGAUACUACUUAGAAUUAUUUCAGUGUCCAACCUGUAGGAAAGGAGCCUGGUCUCUGGUAGAAGUGCUUAUCAGGUCUUGCCUUUUCAAUGAAGGUUUCUGUCAUCAAAUAUCAGAAAAUAUUGGUUCUAAGGUGGUCCAUCUUACAUUGCUCAAGUUUUUCUUUCAUUUACUUGAAAGUGAAGUACGGCAUUUGAGUCAAAAGUUGUGUGACUGGUCAAGUUCUCAAAGUCUAAAGGAAACAGAAAAAGGAAUUCUUCUUGAAAUCUUUUGGUCAGGGAGUGAAACUUCAGGACUUUUGUCAAAACCAGUAAAUAUGCUUUUGGAGUGGACUAUCUAUUCUCACAAGGAAAAAUGCAAGUCUAAUGAUGUCUUCAAACAUGAACUAGCUUACUUACUGACGGGAAUUCUUGGAGCAGCAAUAGAUUAUUGGAUCUUCCUUGGUAUUCAUAUGGGUAGAAAUGUGAUCCGCCACCUGUCUGCUGACUUAGGAAGCUACAUCUCCCUUUCCUGUGAUGAUUUUUCUUCUCAAGAACUAGAGAUCUUCAUUUGUUCUUUUUCAUCUUCCUGGCUUCAAAUGUUUGUUGCAGAAGCAAUCUUUAAAAAGUUGUGCUUCCAGGGCCCUACCAGCACUUGCACUGAGCCACUCUCACUUCAGAAAAUAAUAGACUCCUAUUUGCCUGUUUUGGGAAAAAUGGACAUACAUGGGGCUGGAAAAAUGCAGAUGCCAAAAAAAAUCAUCCAGCGGCCUUGCCUAGAGCCUCAGAGAGCACUACUAAUGCUGAAUGGUGCAAAGCCAAAACAAGUUGACGGUCAGCCAGAAUUUCCAGAGUUGAACCGUGCUAAAUGUUCUUCAUCAUUGAAAAAAUUGAAAAAGAAGUCAGAAGGAGAAUUGUCAUGUUCCAAGGAGAAUUGCCCCUCUUUGGUUACAAAGAUGAAUUUUCACAAAACUAAUCUAAAAGGGGAAACAGCUCUGCAUAGAGCCUGCAUAAAAAACCAAGUGGAGAAAUUGAUUAUUCUUCUCUCUUUGCCAGGAAUAGACAUCAAUGUUAAAGACAAUGCUGGCUGGACGCCUUUGCAUGAAGCCUGUAACUAUGGCAACACAGUGUGUGUCCAGGAAAUUUUGCAACGUUGUCCAGAGGUAGAUCUGCUCACUCAAGUGGACGGGGUGACUCCUUUGCAUGAUGCACUGUCAAAUGGACAUGUAGAAAUUGGCAAGCUGCUUCUACAGCAUGGGGGCCCAGAGCUUUUACAGCAGAGGAACUCUAAGGGGGAGUUGCCCUUGGAUCACGUGCUGUCACCAAAAGACAGGGAAGAACUGUUUGCCAUCACCAAUCUAGACGAUACAGUGGACAACUUCCAUGCUCAGACACAGAAACGUUUUUAUCACCAGCAGCUUGAAUUUGGUUCAUUUUUACUUAGUAGGAUGUUGCUUAGUUUUUGUUCAAUAUUUGAUUUAUCUUCAGAAUUCACCCUAGCUUUCAAAGGGUUUGCUCAUCUAAGUGAGUUGCUUAUGGCAUGUAAUAGUGACACAGAAGCCACCAGUGGACAUACUGACUGGUUACUGGAUCUUUACGCCAGAAACAUAAAAGCAUUAAAGAAGCUCCCUGAUGUUCUUAAGGAACUGCCUGGGAGUCUAAGUGUGCGUCCUGGAGUGCACACUGAGGCCUUGUUGGUGACCCUGGAGAUGAUGUGUCGGUCAGUCACAGAGGUGUCGUGAUGCCGGAAAGUGUGAGUCAGACCUAAACAUACAACCUGCUCUGUCACUAGUAUAAUAGUCAUAGCUUUGCUUAUGGACAAAUUUGAUUUAGUCACUGACAGACUUACAGCAGAUUUUCAUAGCACUUAAAAACAUCUGCAGAACUAGAAUACGGGCUCCCUGUCCAGGUUUGGAAUUUAACUCAGAAAAGAUAGAACAAUAAAAGGAAGUAGUAUUGUUGGGUAUAAAAUGCUUUUAUUAAUCGUUAAAAUUCUUUGUUUUGAAAUAUUUAUUUAUAUUGUUUUGUAGGAAAUAAAAUAUUUUUUCAUAUCAAAAUGUCCCUUCCUCUAAGUGCUAUAAGUUUUUAAAUCAUGAUAAGGAUAUUCAUUAAAAUGUGUAUCUAUAUACUUGAAAAACUUGUUUCUCCUUUAUAUGCUAAUGUCUAAGAUACAUUUGUUUUCCUUGUUUCUAAAAUAAACCUUUCUAGUAUUUUAAAUUAUAUUUAAUAAUCUUUUUAAAUGCUACAUUAUUUGUAGUUUAACAAUUGAGUUCUUUGAUCUAUUGUAGUUUAGCAGCGCAUAUAUGAAGUAUACUUCUGUUCGCUUAACCAGUCUUCUGUCAGUGAAAACAUUUUCCCAUAUAUAAAGUUUUAUUAAAUAAUAUAAUUAAAAUUUACAAUGAAAUUGCUGUGGUUAUCUGAAAUUUUAGUAUGCAGUAUGAAUUUGCAGAUUAGUGUUUCAGUUUUUUUCCUAAUAGUUUAUAACCUACAAAACAGAAUGUGACUAUUAACCACUUAAGAGAUUGUAAUUCCUUCACUGGUGAAAGUAAGUUACACUGUGUUAUAGAUGGGGAAAAGAAUCUUGAUGUUAUGUAAUGUAAUUGCGGCCCCAGCAGCAACUAAUGUGUUAAAGAAGUAUUAUGCUUCAUUUCUCGAACAUAUCUUUCAGCAAGACACAGGCGCUCAAUGUCUUAGUCUUUGCACACUAAUAAAAAUCAAACUUAUAUAAGAUUUCAAAAUAAUUUUAUAUGUACUGUAAGAAAUAACAUAAAAAUUUGUUUUUGUUAUUAAUCCUCCAAAGUAUCAGCAAAUAUGAAUAGUCCCUGGAGAGGGUGAAUUAGGGGAAUGACAGAGAGUUUGUAUCCAGACUGUUACAGUGUGACCCUGCCAGAGAGGAAGACAAAAAAGAAGCAAAGAGGAAAAGAUGGAAAAGAGAAAGGAACCAGAAAUAGUCACUGAAUCUCACUAUGAAGGCACCUUGGGAGAAUGCUGUUCCAUAAACUAACACACACUUGAGCAUAGACUUUGACUCAGGCACGGGGUAAAUCUGGCUAAUCUGAGGUUGCAAGAACUUUUUUCUCUGUUUUGGUUUUCUUGUAUGUCAAAUGGAAGUAAUGUCAUCUCAGGUGCCCUUGUCCUGAAAGAAUUCAGCUAAACUCUCACUUUCUCUGAUGCUUCAGAUUUGCUAAUAAUGAGCUGCUGCUGGAGCAAAGAGGAAGAUGCUAAAGUGGACAGUAAUUUUAUGACUAAAAGAUAUGAAGAGUAUCAUGAGUUAGGAUUUGUACUAUGAGUUCCAUAAGUUAGAUAUUCACUGAAGAAUUUUAUUUGAUUGAACUAUUGCUAUUGCACAGCAAGCUGUUUUGUGUCCCACAAGUCAUAAUGCCAUGUUCCUCCAAGAUGUCUUCCUUUAAAAAG